CAAAUAUAUGGCUUGCUGCAGUUACUAAACAAAAUGUAAACGCUGCUAUGGUUUUUGAGUUUUUAUUGAAGAUCAUUGAAGUAAUGCAAAGUUACUUCGGCAAAAUCUCUGAAGAAAAUAUCAAGAAUAAUUUUGUUUUGAUUUAUGAACUUUUAGAUGAAAUACUUGACUUCGGUUAUCCACAAAACUCAGAUACUGGAGUUCUAAAAACUUUCAUUACUCAACAAGGUAUUAAAUCUGCUUCUAAAGAGGAACAUGCACAAAUAACAUCUCAGGUAACUGGUCAAAUUGGAUGGCGUAGAGAAGGAAUUAAAUAUCGUAGAAAUGAAUUAUUUUUAGAUGUCUUGGAGUAUGUUAAUCUAUUAAUGAGCCCUCAAGGUCAGGUACUCUCUGCUCAUGUAGCCGGAAAGGUUGUUAUGAAAUCUUACUUGUCUGGCAUGCCAGAAUGUAAAUUUGGAAUCAAUGAUAAAAUUGUAAUGGAAGCCAAGGGAAAAGGUGGAUUGUCCGGAAACAAUGACUCAGAUCCUGCACGGUCUGGCAAACCAGUUGUUGUCAUAGAUGACUGUCAAUUUCAUCAGUGUGUCAAGCUAUCUAAAUUUGAAACUGAACAUUCAAUUAGCUUCAUUCCACCUGAUGGAGAAUUUGAACUAAUGCGCUAUCGGACUACUAAAGAUAUAUCACUGCCAUUCCGAGUUAUUCCCUUAGUCCGAGAAGUUGGUCGCACUAAGAUGGAAGUGAAAGUGGUUUUAAAAAGCAAUUUUAAACCAUCACUUCUAGGACAAAAAAUUGAAGUUAAAAUUCCUACACCAUUGAAUACAUCUGGUGUGCAGUUGAUUUGCUUAAAAGGCAAAGCCAAAUACAAGGCAUCUGAAAAUGCUAUUGUAUGGAAAAUCAAACGAAUGGCUGGUAUGAAGGAAACUCAAUUGUCUGCUGAAAUUGAAUUAUUAGAAACCGAUACCAAAAAGAAAUGGACGCGCCCUCCAAUUUCAAUGAACUUUGAAGUUCCAUUUGCUCCAUCUGGUUUUAAAGUACGGUAUUUGAAAGUGUUCGAACCUAAACUGAAUUACUCAGAUCAUGAUGUCAUAAAAUGGGUUCGAUAUAUUGGCCGAAGUGGUUUGUAUGAAACUCGUUGUUAAAAUAUGAGGUUCACAUCGACUUAUGACAAAUGCAAUGUCCAAGAUUAAACCCAGAACUAGAACUGUACUAAAAAUUGCCAAUCAUCAAACAUGAUCUUCAUAUUGAUUUAUGAAUAUAUCAACCUUCAAAACAAUCUGUUUGAUAUAAAUUUGGCUAAUUAUUAAAAUGUUAAUGUUUUUAAUUUUUAAGAAUCUAUUAUACUUUGAAUUCUUGUAUGGAGAAGUAUUGUUAUAAGUAUGGAGUCUUAUUUGUAUUGGAUAUUAAGAAAUCUCACAGUAAUAUAAUAAUUGUAUAAAGUAUGUAGAUACUUCAAAAAACUAAUAAUAUAUAAUUGUUAAAAAAUUUAAAUAUGGUCAUAGGUGCAUUAUUAAAAAUAUAAUUUAAAGAACUGUUGAUGAAUAUUCAAAGGCUUUGUCUAUCUUCCCUUAUUUGAAAUGACCAAAUGUAUGCCAGAAUGUAUACCUAGGAACAUAGUGUUCCUGCACAAAAAUUUAAAGUUGACUAUCACUUUAUAACCAGUUAAUAAUUUUCAUAAAUUUGUUGUCCUGUAGCCCAUUGAUUAAA